AUGGCCGGAGCUGCAACCAACGGAGUCAAUGGGGAUGACAAUGGCGCCCCGAGCUCAUACGCAGCCAAGUACGAUCUUGCUCCGCAUUUCAUCGGCGGCAACAACCUCCGCGUAGCAUCACCAGGCAAGGUCAAGGACUUUGUCGCCGCGCACGAUGGGCACACGGUCAUUACAAAUGUUCUUAUUGCGAACAACGGUAUCGCCGCCGUCAAGGAAAUCCGCUCUGUGCGAAAAUGGGCAUAUGAGACUUUUGGCGAUGAACGGGCGAUUCAGUUCACCGUCAUGGCCACGCCUGAGGAUUUGCAGGCGAACGCCGAGUACAUCCGCAUGGCGGACCAAUACGUUGAGGUACCCGGCGGUACCAACAACAACAACUACGCCAACGUGGAGCUUAUUGUCGAUGUAGCCGAGCGGAUGAACGUGCACGCUGUGUGGGCAGGAUGGGGACACGCCUCGGAAAACCCAAAGCUGCCCGAAUCGCUCGCCGCCUCGCCCAAAAAGAUCGUCUUCAUUGGUCCCCCGGGAUCUGCCAUGCGCUCGCUUGGUGACAAGAUCUCGUCCACAAUCGUCGCACAACACGCAAAGGUGCCAUGUAUUCCAUGGUCAGGAACAGGCGUCGACGAGGUGCAGGUUGACUCCAACGGCAUCGUCACAGUCGAAGACCACAUCUACGAGAAGGGCUGCACAAAGUCAUGGCAGGAGGGUCUCGAGAAGGCCAAGGCUAUUGGCUUCCCCGUCAUGGUCAAGGCCUCAGAAGGUGGUGGUGGCAAGGGUAUCCGAAAAGUCGAGCGCGAGGAGGACUUUGAGCAGCUGUACAAGGCCGCUGCCUCGGAAAUCCCUGGAUCGCCCAUCUUCAUCAUGAAGCUUGCAGGCAGCGCCCGCCAUCUGGAAGUCCAGCUGCUGGCUGACCAGUACGGCAACAACAUCUCCCUGUUCGGACGUGACUGUUCGGUACAGCGUCGUCACCAGAAGAUCAUUGAAGAGGCACCGGUAACAGUUGCUGGCUCAAAGAUCUUCCAGGAGAUGGAGAAGGCUGCCGUCUCGCUCGGACGGCUAGUCGGAUACGUCUCUGCCGGUACCGUUGAGUACCUUUACUCGCACUCUGACGACAAGUUCUACUUCCUCGAGUUGAACCCUCGUCUCCAGGUCGAGCAUCCCACCACGGAAAUGGUAACGGGCGUGAACCUCCCAGCCGCCCAACUCCAGAUUGCCAUGGGUCUCCCAUUGCACCGUGUGCGCGAUAUUCGACUACUAUACGGCGCCGACCCCCACGCCAGCUCUGUGAUUGACUUCGACUUCUCCACCGAAGGCAGCGCCAAGAGCCAGCGUCGCCCUACUCCCAAGGGCCACUGCACAGCCUGCCGUAUCACCUCAGAAGAUCCCGAUGAGGGCUUCAAGCCUUCCGGUGGUACCAUUCACGACCUCAACUUCAGGAGUAGCUCCAACGUUUGGGGUUACUUCUCCGUCAGCUCCGCUGGUGGUAUCCAUUCCUUCUCGGAUUCUCAGUUCGGCCACAUUUUCGCUUAUGGCGAGAACCGCCAGGCAUCACGGAAACACAUGGUUGUCGCGCUCAAGGAACUGAGCAUUCGUGGUGACUUCCGAACAACCGUCGAAUACCUCAUCAAGCUGCUCGAGACACCUGCUUUUGAGGACAACACCAUCACAACUGGCUGGCUCGACGAGCUCAUCUCCAAGAAGCUGACUGCCGAGCGACCGGAUACCAUGAUUGCCGUCAUUUGCGGUGCCGUUACCAAGGCUCAUGUCGCAAGUGAAGCAUGCAUUGGCGAGUACAAGGCAGGUCUGGAGAAGGGUCAGGUUCCAUCGAAAGAUGUGCUCAAAACCCAGUUCCCCAUUGACUUCAUCUACGAUGGUUUCCGAUACAAGUUUACCGCUACCAAAUCGACCAUCGACAGCUUCACACUCUUCAUCAACGGAACCAAGUGUUCCGUCGGUGUUAGGGCGCUUGCCGAUGGUGGUCUUCUGAUCCUGCUCAGCGGCAAAUCUCACAACGUCUACUGGAAGGAAGAAGUUGGCGCUACUCGUCUCUCUGUUGAUGGCAAGACAUGUCUUCUCGAACAAGAGAACGAUCCUACUCAACUCCGAACGCCAUCCCCCGGUAAGCUUGUACGUUUCUUGGUCGAGAACGGCGAGCACGUCGACAAGGGUCAGCCCUUUGCCGAGGUUGAGGUCAUGAAGAUGUACAUGCCUUUGAUCGCUCAGGAAGCAGGUAUGGUCAACCUUAUCAAGCAGCCAGGAGCCACUCUCGAAGCUGGUGACAUCCUCGGUGUCCUAGCCUUGGACGAUCCUUCCAAGGUCAAGUCAGCUCAAAACUUUACUGGCCAACUUCCCGACUUGGGUGCCCCGCAAGUACCAGGAGCCAAGCCACCGCAGAGGUUCGUCUACUUGUACUACAUUCUCCAGAACAUCUUCCAGGGUUUCGACAACCAAGUCAUUAUGCAGAGCACUCUCAAGGAGUUGGUCGACGUCCUCCGGGAUCCCGAGCUGCCUUACGGCGAGUGGAAUGCCCAGGCUUCUGCCCUUCACGCACGUAUGCCGCAGAAGCUUGAUGCAACUUUCUCUCAGAUUGUCGACAAGGCUCACAGCCGUAACCUAGAGUUCCCUGGCAAGGCCCUCAACAAGGCCUUCCAGAAGUUUGUUGAGGAGAAUGUAGCCAAGGGUGAUGUUGCAAUCCUCAAGGCUGCAUUGGAGCCCCUUUCCGAUGUCAUCAACCGUUACUCUGAGGGCCUCAAGGCACACGAGUACAGUGUCAUGAUCAAGCUUCUGGAGAUGUACUGGGCCGUUGAGUCGCUCUUUUCGUCUCGCACUUCGCGUGACGAGGAGGUCAUCCUCAAGCUCCGUGACGAGAACCGCGACAACAUUAUGAGCGUUGUCCAGACUGUACUUUCCCACACCAAGGUCGGCGCCAAGAACAACCUAGUCAUUGCUAUCCUGGACCUCUACCGACCCAAUAAGCCUGGUGUUGGAAACAUCGCCAAGUACUUCAAAGAGACCCUCAAGAAGCUCACCGAGCUUGAGUCUAGGCAGACCGCCAAGGUCUCGCUCAAGGCCCGUGAGGUCCUCAUUCAAUGUGCCAUGCCUUCGCUUGAGGAGCGUACCUCGCAGAUGGAGCACAUCUUGCGCUCUUCUGUCGUUGAGUCCCGCUAUGGCGAGAGCGGUUGGGACCAUCGUGAGCCCAACUUCGACGUCAUCAAGGAGGUCGUGGACUCUAGGUACACUGUCUUCGAUGUGUUGACUCAGUUCUUCGUCCACACUGACCCAUACGUCGCCCUUGCUGCUCUUGAGGUGUACACUCGCCGAGCCUACCGUGCGUACCAUGUCCAGAACAUCAACUACCACAACGAAGGCGAGCAGCAGUGCUUCCUCUCUUGGGACUUCAUCCUCCGCAAAGUCGGCGAGGCAGAAUACGGCCUUGCUGUCGAGCCCUCAGAGCCUGGUACCCCCAGCACCCCAGGAUUUGAACGCCCUCCUCGCAUUCAGUCACUCAGUGAUAUGACUGCUUGGAACAACCGUUUCGAGGGCGAGCCUUCUCGUAAGGGCGUUGUUGUUCCUGUUGAGUACCUCGAUGAUGCGGACGAGCUUAUCAGCAAAGCCUUGGACAUCUUCCCCAACGUCGGCAAGGAGAGGAAGGGCGGUAUUGGACUGAGGGAAGGCCUUACUCUGAAGCGCACUCCCACCACCGGUGCAAACGAGCCCAAGCACACCGACGAGCUUACUGGUGUCAUCAACGUUGCUGUUCGCGACAUUGAGGGCAACGAUGACAAGGAAAUCCUUGAGCGCAUCCUGCCCAUCGUCGAGGACUACAAGACCGAGCUUCUUUCUCGCCGCAUUCGCCGUAUUUCUUUCAUUUGCGGUCACAAGGAUGGAACUUACCCCGGAUACUACACCUUCCGCGGACCCAACUACGAAGAAGACGCUAGUAUUCGUCACGUCGAGCCUGCUCUUGCCUUCCAGCUUGAGCUUGGCAGACUUUCCAAGUUCGACAUCAAGCCCGUGUUCACAGAGAACCGCAACAUCCACAUCUACGAGGCUGUGGGCAAGGGCGCCGAGAGCGACAAGCGCUACUUCUUGAGGGCUGUUGUCCGAUCGGGUCGCCUUCGGGAGGAAAUCCCUACCGCCGAGUACAUGGUGUCGGAGACUGAUAGGUUGAUGACUGAUAUUCUAGAUGCUCUGGAGAUUGUUGGCACUUCGCAGGCUGACAUGAACCACAUCUUCAUCAACUUCUCGCACAUCUUCCCUCUUAGCCCUACGGAGGUUGAGGAGGCUAUUGGUGGAUUCUUGGAGCGCUUUGGUCGACGACUCUGGCGUCUUCGUGUCACCGGCGCUGAGAUUCGCAUCAUCGUCACUGACCCCGCCACUGGCAUCCCCUACCCUCUUCGUGUCAUCAUCACCAACACCUCUGGAUACGUCAUCCAGGUUGAGAUGUACGCUGAGCGCAAGUCCGAGAAGGGUGGCAAGUGGCUCUUCCACAGCAUUGGUGGAACCACCAAGAUUGGUGCAUUACACCUCCAGCCAGUUUCCACUCCUUACCCUACCAAGGGUGCUCUCCAACCCAAGAGGUACAAGGCUCAUCUCAUGGGUACUCAAUACGUCUACGACUUCCCUGAGCUCUUCCGACAGGCGACAGAGAACAGCUGGAUCCAGGCUAUUCAGAAGCAUUCCCACCUUCGCGACAAGCAGCCUGCAAAGGGAGAGUGUCUGGAGUACUACGAGUUGGUGCUUGACGACACUGACAACCUGGCUGAAGUAAACCGUGACCCUGGUCAAAACAACAUUGGCAUGGUCGGUUGGAUGGUCACUGCUAAGACACCCGAAUACCCUCGUGGCCGCCGCUUCAUCAUCAUCGCCAACGAUAUCACCUACAAGAUUGGUUCGUUCGGACCUGCGGAAGACAACUUCUUCCACAAGUGCUCAGAGCUUGCACGUAAGCUCGGCAUCCCACGAAUUUACCUUUCGGCCAACUCUGGUGCUCGCAUUGGUCUGGCUGAGGAGCUCAUUCCCCACUUUUCCGUUGCAUGGAAGGAUGCCAGCAAGCCCGAGGCAGGUUUCGAAUACCUGUACCUCACACCUGAGAAGUACGGGCACUUCGUCGAUGGAAAGCGCAACGAUGUCAUUUGCGAGAAGGUCGAGCAGGAUGACGAGACGCGCUACAAGAUCACCACUAUCAUCGGUGCUGAAGAUGGUCUAGGUGUUGAGUCGCUUCGUGGCUCUGGUCUCAUUGCUGGUGAGACGUCGCGGGCUUAUGAGGACAUUUUCACCAUCACCUUGGUCACUUGUCGCUCAGUCGGUAUCGGUGCCUACCUUGUCCGUCUCGGCCAGCGUGCCAUUCAGAUUGAGGGUCAGCCGAUCAUUCUCACUGGUGCACAGGCCAUCAACAAGCUUCUCGGUCGUGAGGUGUACACCUCUAACCUCCAGCUUGGAGGAACUCAGAUCAUGGCCAAAAAUGGUGUUUCGCAUUCUACUGCUGAUGACGACUUUGAGGGUGUCUCCAAGAUCGUCCAGUGGAUGUCAUAUGUACCCGACAAGAAGGGCAGUCCUGUUCCGAUCUCGCCGUCGGCCGACAACUGGGACCGAGACAUCACCUACUACCCCCCUGGCAAGUCUGCCUAUGACGUCAGACAUCUCAUUGCCGGAAAGGAUGAUGAGGAUGGCUUCCAGUCUGGUCUCUUCGAUCGCGGUUCGUUUGUGGAGACUCUUGGUGGCUGGGCUAAGACUGUCGUCGUCGGCCGUGCUCGUCUUGGUGGCAUCCCUAUCGGUGUCAUUGGCGUUGAAACCCGCUCGGUUGAGAACGUCACCCCUGCUGAUCCCGCCAACCCCGACUCCAUCGAACAAGUCACAUCCGAAGCUGGUGGUGUGUGGUACCCCAACUCUGCUUUCAAGACUGCACAGGCAAUCAAGGAUUUCAACAAUGGUGAGCAACUGCCGCUAAUGAUCCUUGCCAACUGGCGUGGUUUCUCUGGUGGUCAGCGCGACAUGUACAACGAAGUCCUCAAGUACGGUUCGUACAUUGUCGAUGCUCUUGUCAAGUUCGAGCAGCCCAUCUUCAUUUACAUCCCCCCCUACGGCGAACUUCGUGGUGGAUCAUGGGUCGUUGUCGAUCCUACCAUCAACCCGCAAUUCAUGGAGAUGUAUGCUGAUGAGGAAUCGCGUGGUGGUGUCCUUGAACCCGAAGGUAUCGUGGGCAUCAAGUACCGUAGAGAGCGUCAACUCGACACCAUGGCUCGCAACGACCCCACCUACGCUGAGCUCAAGCGCAAGCUGAACGAUAAGACCACACCUGAAGCCGAACUUCAGGGCAUCAAGGCUGAGAUGACUGAGCGCGAGAAGAAGCUUCUGCCCAUCUACGGCCAGAUUGCCAUUCAAUUCGCCGAUCUGCAUGACCGCGCCGGACGUAUGCAAGCCAAGGGCGUCAUUCGCCAAGCUCUUCAAUGGCAAAACGCUCGCCGCUUCUUCUACUGGCGUCUUCGCCGCCGUCUCAAUGAGGAGUACAUCCUCAAGAAGUUUGCCGCGGCCGCCUCGCCAACGCAUGACAACCCCAUGGCCAACCCGCUUACCCGUAGCCGUGGCUUCGAGAUGUUGAAGCACCUCGCCAAUGUCCCCAACUGGGAGACUGACGAUAUGGCCGUUGCUACCUGGUAUGAGGACAACAGGCCGCUUGUUACCGAGAAGAUUGAGCAACUCAAGACUGAUGGAAUUGCGACGGAAAUUGCGCAACUCAUGCGCAAGGACCGCGAAGGUGGAUUGAAGGGUGUAAUGAGCUUGCUCAGCACACUGCCUACCACCGAGAAGGAGGAGGUACUCAAGAUGCUCAGCCGGGCAUAGUGUAUGUGUAUAUGCUUUCAUUCGCUUAUGACAUGACAUGACAUGAUAUGGCAUGUAUCUUGGUGGUGUUUAUUGGGAAGACAGUGUAAUUUUAGCGUGUGGUUUGAGGCGGUUUUAUAUUUCCCCUUUAUAGUCAGAGACAGAGAGUAGUAGCAUUGAUGAGGGAUCAGAGAGGUUGUUGGGAGGCACCUCUUUAGAUCUUUUCGAUAUGUUCAACGAAAUAUACAAGUUCACAA